UAGCAACCAAUUUCGUGAUUUAGGUAUAUAAGACUGCCAUCUUCUCUCACUCCUACAUCCAUCGUUUCAUCCCGGUUUCCUAGCAUUCGCAUAACCAGAGCCUCUAAGCCCGUUUUCUCACAGAUUACGUCGCAUAUUCUACUUCCUCCUUUACCCACACAUAUACACAUAUCCUUUUAGGUUCUGCAUCUUUCACAUUCGAAAUCAUGGUUGCAUUCAAGUCUACUAUCUCUGCUGCUCUUCUCGUCGCUGCUGCCUUCCAACAGGCUUUUGCUGAUGACAGUUGCACUGCUUCUGCCUUCAACAUCACUGCUCAAGGCCAUCUCGACAACAUCGCUUCCUGCACGAAGUUGACUGGUGACUUGUACAUUAAGGAUAUUGACAACGAUGGCAUCUCUACCUUGACUGCCAACGGUAUCGAGUCUGUUGAUGGUGAUGUUGUCGUCUCUGGUGACGCCUACCUUACCUCCAUGGUCUUCCCUUCCUUGAAGAACGUUACUGGUACUUUCAGCGUCAACAACAUGAUCCGUCUUAGCACCUUGUCUGCUCCCGUCUUGACCAAGGUUGCUGGCUUGAACCUUGCUGUUCUCCCCAACUUGCAAGAGCUUCAAUUCAACGCUGUCAUCAACCAAGCUGACUCCGUUACCAUUGAUGACACUGACCUCCAAACCAUCCAAGGUAUCAACUUGGACGAGGUCGACUCCUUCACUGUCACCAACAACCGUUACAUCCAGGACAUCACCAUGGCUGACCUUGUUAAGGCCAACACCAUCAAGAUUUCUGCCAACGCCAAGGGUGUCAACGUUAACUUUGGCAAGCUUUCCACUGUUGGUACUGCUACCUUCUCUACCGUCGGCUCUGUCUUCGUCGGUAACUUGAAGAACGCUUCUGGUUCUUUGGGUUUCAGUAACACCACCCUUGCCAACGUUUCCCUCCCCUACUUGACUGAGGUUGACCAAUCUCUCUACUUCAUGUACUCUGAGUCUCUCACCAACCUCUCCUUCCCCAACUUGACCACUGUCGGUGGUUCUUUGGUCAUUAACGACACUGGUCUCACCAAGGUCAGCGGCUUCAGCAAGUUGACUGAGAUCGGCGGUUCUCUUGACAUCUACGGCAACUUCUCUUCUGUUGAGUUCCCUGUCCUUAGCGACAUCAAGGGUUCCUUGGAUGUCCAAACCAAGGCCACCAACUUCACUUGCCCCUUCUCUGAGUCUGGCAGCGUUGUCAAGGGUAACGGCUUUACCUGCAAGGGUACAGUUUCCUCCAUCUCUUACAGCUCCCUCUCUUCUCUUCUCGCUUCUGCUACUAGCGUGAAGUCUUCUGGCUCUGCCACUGCUACUGCCACUGCUACCGCUGAGGCUUCCACCUCUCUCUCCAGCCAAAGCUCUACUUCUGUUGCCUCUGGUGCCGCUAGCACCAAGGCCGUCAGCGUUGGCAUCGUCGCUGCCUUCUCUAUGGCUGUCUUUGCUCUCUUCUUGUAAGAAGCUGAUUGAGUGUGUGGAUCUUGGUAGCAGAAUUUUUAUUACCGACACAUGGCUGUGUGUUGGUUUUCCCAUCACUUUGUCCGCUGGGAGCCUGGUUGCUCUUUCAGCUUAAUUGUUCAACGACGAACACGCAUUAUUUGCAUUCGGGUCCGCUCCCGGGAGCAGUUUCCUCCCAGUGUAUAAACUCCUAAUGUGUUUUGUGCCAAGAGACACUGCAUGAAAAGAUUGUUUUAAGAGUUAAAAGGAUACUUCCAGGAGCGGCCUUUGUACUCCUGUGUCAUUCUCUUGUGGUUAUAUAAGUUGCCUAUCUUUUUGAAACGUUCAUCGUUUUUUGCAUUCCUUGUUUUUUUAUAUAUAUAGUUAAUAACAUUUGUCCAGGAUAA